AUGCCUACACCUUUACCUUUGAGAUCCCUCCAAACUUUCCCUGCUCCAUCACACUUCAACCAGGGCCGGAGGACACAGGGAAGGCCUGUGGUGUGGACUAUGAAGUCAAAACCUUCUGUGCCGAAAAUCUGGAAGAGAAGACUCACAAACGGAAUUCUGUGCGCCUGGUUAUCCGCAAGGUCCAGUAUGCCCGGGGAGCCGCCCAUGGCCGAGACCACUUGUCAGUCUCCGAUGUCUGACAAGCCCUUACACUUGGAAACCUCUCUGGACAAGGAGAUCGACUACCUCGGGGAACCGAUCAGUGUCAAUGUCCAUGUCACCAGCAACAACACCAAAACAGUGAAGAAGAUAAAAAUUCCAGUCCGUCAGUCUGCAGACAUCUGCCUGUUCAACAUGGCACAUUACAAAUGCCCCGUGGGUGUGGAGGAGGCUGAUGACAUGGUGGCCCCAAGUUCAACAUGCUGCAAAGUCUACACCCUCAUCCCAUUCUUGGCCAACAACUGUGAGAAGCUAGACCUGGCCCUGGAUGGCAAGCUGAAGCAUGAAGACACCAACUUGGCUUCCAGUACCCUGUUGAGGGAUGGCACAAAUAAGGAGAUCUUAGGAAUCAUCCUGUCCUACCAAGUCAAAGUGAAGCUGUUUGUUUCCCAAGGAGGCCUGUUGGGAGAUCUCACAUCCAAUGAUGUGAGGAGGGCUGUUGAACUUCCCUUCACCUUAAUGCACCCGAAGCCCAGGGAAGAGCCUUUGUAUGGAGAAGUUCCAGAGAGUGAAGCGCCCAUAGAUACCAAUCUCAUAGAGCUCGAUACAAACGAUGACGACAUUGUCUUUGAGGACAUAGCUCGACAGAGACUGAAACGUUUGCCCUCCAGACUUCAGCAGAAGGAGUGUAUUUUAUUAUGAUAGCCCUUCAGAUAACUGAGUGAAGAAAACUUUCAUUCUCCUUCUGAAAUAUUUUCAUCCAGGUUAAAAUAGUUCCCAGAAUUCUUAUCGAGUAUUCGUGUGGCAUCCUCUCCACUCCCUUUGCCCUCCUUGACACCUGUGAGGACAAGUUAAGUUAGAAGGUGGGACUGAGCAGGGCUUUGUAGAUUGAUGCCCCUCACUCUUGAAGCGAGAGUGAGGAAUGAAGACCCUCCCAGGCUGGCCAGGGAUUCCACUGUGUCUCCUUAAUUUUCAGUCCCAGAGAAUGCAGAAUAAACAUACCAGAAGGUAAAACUUUUGCUUUAGGUGACUGAAGAGACUAUCACACAGAAGGAAAUGUUUGCCUUGAAGCCCUCCCUUUGCAGAAGAUUCAGUGAAUUGAUUCUUCCUUUGAUUCAUUUCUAAAGUCUGCGAUGUUCCAAACAUGAUGUUUCUCCACGAAAACAUGGUCCUGAUCCCCAGAUGUAUUUGGUCAACUCUUUCACUUUCCUGUCCACUUGUUCACUGUUUCCUAUAAGGACCCCACACCACAUUGCCAGGGGCACUGCAGCUCUUGGAUUAGUUGGUGCUGCUUGCACUGUAUGCAGAGGGAAACUGGGGAGGCUGAAUUGGAUCAUUGAACUCCACCCAGUGUUGAGUACCUGUUUUACUGCAACAAUCUGAGCCAGGUUGUAGAUGUGCAAAAAAAAAAAAAAGUGAAAAAGUCCCUGCCAUCAAGAAGCUUAGGUUCUACUGAGAGAAUACAGUGGAUAAGUGAAAGGUCAUUUGAGAUCCCUGAACUUUGAAGGAAACUAUAAAUAUUCUACAAGAGGUAGAGUGCAUUCUAGGCAUGUGGGGAACAACCAGUGCUAACGUCUGGAGAUGAGAGAUACCAUAUACAAGAAACUACUAGUUUAGUUGGAACAUAAAGUGUGGGAAGGAGAGUGACAUGAAAUCAAUCUAGAAAGGUAGGUUGGAGCAAGAGUGUGAAGGGAUUUCAAUGCCUAAAUGUAUUUGCAUUGUUAUCUAGAAACAAUAGGGGGGCACUAAAGAUUUUUGAAAUCUUAAUUUUGGAAAUUUUGGAGCAUGGAUUGAAAAGAGAGGGUGGUGGUGGAGAUUGGAAGCAGGGAGGCCAAUUGGGAAGCUGUUCCAGUGGUGUAAAUCAAGAGAACUACUGCUGAGAGUGGGGGAUUUGGAGGCAGAGGACUCUAAAAUAAGGAGAUUGACCUCAAAGGUCUCUAAAAAUUCAUUCCACCACAAGCCUAUGAAUGUAGAAGGAAUAUGAUCGCCAUAUCUCAUUGUUCUAAUUUGGCAUGUGCUUCUCUCCGGCAGUUCUAUUUUAUCUGCUGAUGACCUCAAGGAGGGAGGUGUGGGGUUUUGCCAAACUGAUUUAGAAGGGGAAUUCUGGGUCUGCCUGCAUCACAGAAUAAGUCAAAGAAGAAGUGACACUAGAGUUACAUUAUAUUGACCCAACAUUCUUUCCUUUGGACCCUGCCACCCAUCUCUCUGGGUCAGAUUCAUCAAGGAAUCAAAUAAAAUGAGCACAACUUGAUUUAUUCUCAUAGAAGAAAAAUAAUGGGCCAAGAAAGAGUCCAUUUAGUGCAUCUCUGUAUAUAGUCACUAACUUGGAAUUGGAAGGGAUCUGAAGAGCCAUCUGAUCCAAUUCCUACCAAGAUCAUGAAUCUCCAUCAACAAUAUUCUUGACAAAUGUUCAUCAUUUUGAAGACUACAAGUGAUGAGGAACUCAUUAAUAACAGUAGUCAAUAUUUACAUAAUGCUUGCAAAGAACUUUACCUGUAGUGUCUUGGCUGAUCCUCACAAUAAUUCUAUGAGGCAGGUGCUAUUAUUAUCCCCAUUUUACAGCUGAGGAAAUUGAUGGUGAGAGAGUGACUUGCCUAGGGUCACACAGCUAGUAAACAUUUAAGGCAGGAUUCAAACUAAACUUUCUGAUGCCAGGUCCAGAGCUGCUUGCACUAGUCCACCUUGCUGGCCAUUAACCUUUUAAAGCAACCCAUUCCAUUUUUGGACAGUUCUAAUUGUUAGGUGCUUUUCUCUUGGGGAAAAAAAAAGUCUUGCCUCCCUCUAGUUUCUCUCAUUGCUCCUAGUUUUACCUUCUGGGGCAAAUUAGAACAAGUAAGUCCUCUAUAAUAGCCCUUCAAAUACUUGAAGACCACCACUAUAUGCUCCUUCAGUCUUCUGACUAAACGUUCCCAUUUUUUCCUACUGUUUUUUUUUCUUCUUUCUUGGUAUGGCAUGAUACUGUUCACUCCAUUCUGAAAAAGCCUCUGUUGUUGUCUGCUAAAAUGUAUCCUCAGAAGUUGACCCAAUGCUCUAAAAGUCAUGUGGGAAGUGAACUGGAAGGUAGGAGAGGGAAAUGAUAGGAUGGAAUACCAUGGCCAUUCAGGGUUCUUUUGGGGGUAUCUGUCUCUGCUACCAUCUAGAUAAUAAGAAAUGGAUCCUGUUAAAUUUUUAUUAGCUCUGACACCCUGCUGACCAUAUCCCUACUGAGCACACUAUAAAUUCAUUAGAAAGACAAUACAGCUUUUUGAAGUUUCAGCCCUUGCCAUGAUUGGAAACAGCUGAGAAAGGAAUAUUUCGCGGAAAGCCCAGUUUCGUUGUACUGACUUCCAAUCUACUUUGAGCAUGAGCCACCUCUUCAUUCUCUGAGCCAGAAAGGCCUCUUGGACCCCCUUUCUUUCAUCAAUUGCAGCACCAACAGACCUCCCAGUCAUUCAGCCAAACAGUCAUUAUGUGCUUUCUAUGUGCCAGGCACUGCUGAGUGAUGAGUAUACAAAAGAGAGAGACAGACAAAAGGCAGAUGAGUAUACCUAUAAGCUUCUAUAUAUACACAUAUAAGGUAAAUGAAUGAAGUGUAAUCUCACAGAAAAGAUACUAGGGGGUGAAGUGGAGCAAAAGACCUGCAGAAGGUAGGACUUGAGCUCAAUCUUGAUAUGCUUUGCUUCCUGCACUCACAUCUUGGCCCCUAUCCUAGAAUAGAGUUGGGAAUCUCAAGGAAAGAUGCUAUUAGAAGGUGGGAUAGUAGGGGCAUAUACUAGCAAGGCUGAGGUCUCAUGUUCUUGAGUGAAAGGAUGCCUACCUAUUUCCCUAGAGGGAAGCUGUGCCGGUGUUCCUAGUUUGUUCCCACCAGGGACUUGGGUACUGAAAAUUCCCAAAACAUCUGAAAGGAAGAGAUUUGGAUCGGACUCUUGAAAUGUGUUGUGAAUCCUGUAUAUGUCCAAAAUCAUUUUGCUUUGAUAUAUACAUAUUUUAAAGUUUUACUCUGCUGGAUAAACAUCAAC